GGUGUUUUUACGAAAACAUAUUGUACUAACAAAUAUAAUCUACCAACAUUAAUAUACUAUAAAGUAAUCAAUACAAAACAAGUAAGUAUCUUGUUCAUUAGAAUUACAAGAUAUACUGAAGAGUCUUCUUAUAGUCUGACAAAAAGCUAGUUAGCUGGAAGAACCAAAGUGGCUACUAAGAUCAAAAAUAUGCAUAGGAGAUCAUGUUGAACGAAUUUAGAAGCCGACUUGGCUCCGGCGGGAACCUCAGCAGUCUCUGGAGCCAGAUUCGCCGUCGCUGGUGCAGAACUACUCACCGGACCUCGUCCGUAAGGAAAUAUGUCCGGCGUAUUCGCUGGAGUUGAUGGAAUAUCAGGGGUUGUUACUGGCGAUGUUGCUGCGAUAUAUGGAGCAUCGGCGGAGACUGGUGGUUGGUUUGAUGGGGUGGUGGCAGGCGAUUCUAUUGAGGUGGUGGGACUUAUCAUUGGAGCAGAGAUUGGAGACUUCCCUGGAAUUGUAGUGGGAGGGGAUACAGGGGAAGUUGCAGGCGUAGAGACAGGAGUCGUGGAUGUAGUCGGAGAGGAAACAGGGGAAGUCACCGGAGAUGAAACAGGGGAUUUCAGAGGAGACGCAAUGGUACGAGAUGUAACAGGGGAAGUCGCCGGAGACGAAACAGGGGAUUUCAAUGGAGAAGCAAUGGUUCGAGAGGAAACAGGGGAAUUCGUCGGAGUAAAAACAGGUGAUUUCGAUGGAGAUGCAGUGGUCCAAGAUGGGGAAGUCGCCGGAGAAAGAACAGGGGAUAUCGAUGGAGUCACAAAGGCCGCCGGAGAGGAAACAGAGGAUUUCUCCGGAGACUUUGAAGGCGAUGUUUGCUUCGUCGAAGAUGGUGCCUCUGGAGAUUUUUGGAUCACCGGAGGAUGUAAAGUAGGAGUUAAAGGAGACUUCGACGGAGAAAUAACACGAUGAGAUUUUGCCGGCGGAUGUAAAGUGGGCGUUUGAGGAGACUUUGUCGGAGCCUUUAACGGAGAAAUAACAAGAUGAUGAGAUUUUGCCGGAGGAUGAUGUUUCACGGCGAGUCUCGGCGAUUGAGCGGGUGCAUUGGCCGCUUUUACAUUACCAGAAAUGGAAAUUAAGAAGACAAAAAUGUAAAUUACAGCAAACCGACGCAUCGUUUUUCUUGUUUUGUCUGAUUCUGGGAAAGAUAACAAAAAUCCAAAGUGUUCUGAUUCUCAGUUCUUAGUAAAAUAAGUAUUUGC